UGUUAAAGUCUGGAGGUUUCUGCGGGUUUAGAUGAAUGUGAGGAGGCGGAGUUCUGGGAGGCGGACUUCUGGGGAGUUCUGAGGGGUCUGGAGGGUCGUGAGAGUCCUCAUCAUCAGAUUCUACAGACGGUCUGAGGAGUCUGGAUCAGCGGGUCGGUUCGAGGUUCGUGUCUGCAGGUUCUCAUCAGUGUCUCCGGGACUGUUGGAGGAUCAUGUCGCUACUCUGGUUUGCGGUUCUGUUCGGUCUGCAGGUGCUAUGCUGUGCUCAGGAGGGCGGCACCUCAUUGAAUGAAGCCCUGGAUGAUGUCAGCUUCCCAGAGCUCAGUGAUGUGUGCACUGAAGGUAGCUGUUACCCAGCAACAGGAGACCUUCUGAUUGGCCGAGCCCAUCAGCUGUCAUCAACAUCCACCUGUGGACUGAACCAUCCUGAGCCAUUCUGCAUCGUCAGCCACCUGCAGGAGGAGAAGAAGUGCUUCACAUGUGACUCAAUGGCACUGCAUGACGAGUUGGCCAAUCAGACGAACAGCCAUCGCAUUGAGAACGUUGUCACCACUUUCGGUCCAAACAGACUGAAGACCUGGUGGCAGUCGGAGAACGGUAUGGAGAACGUCACCAUCCAGCUCAAUCUGGAGGCGGAGUUUCACUUUACUCAUCUCAUCAUGACGUUCAAGACAUUUCGACCUUCUGCCAUGACGAUUGAGCGAUCAGCUGAUUUUGGGAAGACAUGGCAGGUUUAUCGGUACUUUGCCUACGACUGCGAGACCUCCUUCCCUUCUGUUUCCCAGGGUCCAAUGCAGAAGGUUGAUGAUGUCAUCUGUGACGCUCGUUACUCUGACAUUGAGCCAUCCACUGAGGGAGAGGUAAUUUAUAGAGUCUUGGACCCAGCAUUUCGGAUUAAUGACCCAUACAGCCCCAGAAUCCAGAACUUAUUGAAGAUUACCAACCUGCGGGUAAAGUUCACUAAACUGCACACACUCGGCGACAACCUGCUGGACUCUCGUAUGGAGAUCAAGGAAAAGUAUUAUUACGCCAUUUAUGACAUGGUGGUCCGAGGAAACUGCUUCUGCUACGGACAUGCCUCGGAGUGUGCUCCAAUCGAAGGUGCUGGAAAGACCAGAGAGGGCAUGGUUCAUGGUCACUGUAUGUGUAACCACAAUACCAAAGGACUGAAUUGUGAACAAUGCCAGGAUUUUUAUCACGAUCUUCCAUGGAGACCAGCUGAGGGACGCAACACCAAUGCCUGCAAGAAAUGUAACUGUAACCAGCACUCAGACUCAUGUCACUUCGAUAUGGCUGUGUUCGUGGCUUUUGGAAACUUCAGUGGAGGAGUUUGUGAUGACUGUCAAGACAACACGGCUGGAAACAACUGUGAGCUGUGUAAACCAUUUUUCUACCAACAUCCAGAUAAAGACAUCAGAGACCCAAACAUCUGCCAACCCUGUAACUGUGACCCUGUGGGCUCUCUGAAUGGAGGAAUCUGUGACGGUGUGACGGAUGUCCGAGCCGGCCUCAUCGCCGGCCAAUGUCGCUGUAAAGUCAACGUAGAGGGAGAGCGCUGCGAGCACUGCAAAAAGGCCUUCUAUGGGUUGAGUGAUGAGCCGGAGGGUUGUAAAGCGUGCACCUGCAGCCCUCUGGGGACGUCUCCUGGAGGAAACCCCUGCGAAAGCCAAACAGGAAGUUGUUUCUGUAAACGUCUGGUGACAGGACGGGACUGUGAUCAGUGUGUGCCUGAACACUGGGGUCUCAGUAAUGACAUGGAUGGCUGCAGACCAUGUGACUGCGAUCUUGGAGGAGCCGUCAACAACCAGUGUGAUCAGGUGAGCGGUCAGUGUGUGUGCAGGGAUCACAUGUUCGGCCGUCGCUGUGAUCAGGUUGAAUCUGGAUUUUACUUCAUUGCUUUGGAUCACUACACCUACGAGGCUGAAGAUGCUAAAUUUGGACCUGGAGUGGCCGUCGUCCCGAGGCCUCACCCUCUGGACCGCAGUCCUACAUGGACAGGUACUGGCCUGGUCAAUGUUCCAGAAGGGGCUUUCCUGGAAUUCACUGUAGACAAUAUACCUCAUUCUAUGGAGUAUGACAUCCUCAUCCGCUAUGAGCCUCAGCUGCCUGACCAGUGGGAGGAGGUUCUGAUGACAGUGAUGAGGCCUGAACCAAUCAGAGCUGACAGCCGUUGUGUCAACACGAUGCCAGACGACGACAACCAGAUGAUCUCACUUCACCCCGGCUCACGGUAUGUGGUUCUUCCCAGGCCGGUUUGCUUUGAAUCGGGUCUAAGCUACACAAUCCGUCUCAGUCUGACGUUGUACUCGGCCCUCACCGAUGUCCAAUCUCCGUACACGCUCAUCGACUCGAUUGUGUUGAUGCCUCACUGUAAGAACAUGGAGAUAUUUACAGGCUCAGUUGGAGGAGACUCCAGCAAGAACAGCGCCUGGGAAACGUUCCAGCGUUAUCGUUGUCUGGAGAACAGCCAGAGUGUCGUCAAGACACCUCUGACCGACAUCUGCAAAAACUUCAUCUUCAGCAUCUCUGCCAUGUUACAUCAGGGAGCCAAAGAAUGCCAGUGUGACCCUCAGGGCUCCCUCAGCAACGUGUGUGAUCCCAGUGGGGGUCAGUGUCAGUGUCGGCCCAACGUGGUUGGCAGGAACUGUGACCGAUGUGCUCCGGCCACCUUCCAGUUUGGACCCAGCGGCUGCAGAGCUUGUAUGUGUGACCCUCAGGGUUCACAGAGUUCAUUCUGCAAUCAGCUGACGGGUCAAUGCGUCUGUGUGGUUGGGGCGUCUGGUCGGCAGUGCGAUCGCUGCCUGCCGGGUCACUGGGGCUUCCCAGCCUGCCGACCCUGCUCCUGUAACGGGCACACUGAUACCUGCGACCCCGACACCGGCCGCUGCACAAACUGCAGGGACCGGACCGCCGGGCCCAGCUGUGACAGGUGUCUGGAUGGUUACUAUGGUGACCCAGUGUUGGGGUCAGGUGAUCACUGUCGUCCUUGUAUGUGUCCUGAUGGCCCUGAAAACUUGCGGCAAUUUGCGGCAAGCUGUUACCAUAGCGAUGACUCCCAACAGGCUAUCUGUGUCUGCAACACGGGAUACAAAGGUCCUCGCUGUGAUGAGUGCUCACCUGGUUACUAUGGAAACCCAAGGGAAGUAGGGGGACAGUGUCUUCCCUGUCAAUGCAACAACAACAUUGACAUGACAGAUCCGGAGUCUUGCAACUCUCAAACUGGCGAGUGUCUGCGCUGCCUGUACCACACCGAGGGCCCCGCCUGUCAGAGCUGCAAACUGGGUUACUACGGCAACGCCUUGCUUCAGGACUGUAGGAAGUGUGUUUGUAAUCAGCUCGGCAGCGACCCAUCCAGCUGUCCAUCACCUGCUGACUGUCACUGUGACCUCAUGACGGGUCAGUGUCGCUGUCGGCCCAACGUGGUCGGUCAGCACUGCGACCGCUGCGCACCCGACACCUGGAACAUGGCAAGCGGCACUGGCUGUCAGACCUGCGACUGUGACCCAAAACACUCAUACGGAACGUCUUGUAAUGAGAUCAGCGGCCAGUGUUCUUGUCAUCCAGGCUUCGGAGGAAGAACAUGCAGUGAGUGCAGAGAACUGUUCUGGGGCGACCCAGAGGUCAAAUGUCACGCCUGUGACUGCGACCCUCGGGGGAUCUCAGAGUCUCAGUGUAAUAAAGUCAACGGUCACUGUGUCUGUGUGGACGGCGUCUCGGGACCUCGCUGCGAUUUGUGUGCACGUGGCUUCUCUGGAACCUUCCCCGACUGCCAUCGCUGCCACCAGUGUUUCGCAGAAUGGGAUGACAUAAUUGGCCAGCUGACCAAUCAGACACACCGACUGGUCAACAAGGUCAAUGCCAUUAAAACAAGUGGAAUUAGUGGACCAUACAGGAAGUCCAUUGACAAGAUAGAGAAGAGCGCUGCCGAUGUCCAGGUCAUCCUAGACCAGAACCCAGCCUCACAACCUCUGACCGAGAUCCAACACCUGCUGCAACAGGCCAGUGACCUGAUGGGAACUCUGAGUCAGACCUUAAACCACACCGAGGAGACUCUGACCCUGGUGGACAACCAGAACUCUGCUACAGAAACUAAACUGGACUCUGUGGCUUCAGACUCUCAGAAACUGGAGAGAACUGUGAAGGAGCUGCUGGAUCAGGUUGAGUUCAUCAAAAACUCCGAUAUCAGAGGGGCAUCAGACAGUGUCACUAAGUACUUCCUGCAGUCCCAGGCAGCUGAAGCUCGAGCCAAUGCUUCAACCAUUGAUGCUGGCAGCCUGGUGGAAACCUCUGCAGGUCUACGCCAACUCACAGAGGAAAGACUGAACCAGACCAGAGAGGAGUUCCUCAGGACAAACUCUGAGCAUGCUCAGGAACUGGAUGAUCUGGCAGGAGAGCUGCAAACUUUGGACUUAUCAGAGAUCAGCCAUAAGACUUGUGGUAGUCCAUCAUCAGGUCAGGACUCAUGCUGGUCUUCCACCUGUGGAGGUCUGGGCUGUGUAGACUCGGAGGGUCAAAGCAGAUGUGGAGGAGAAGGGUGUGAUGGCGCCGUGAUGACAGCCCACAGUGUCCUGAAGAAGGCCAGAGAGUCUGAAAAGGAAAUCAUAAGUGCGAUGGAGGAAGUGGAAAAACUCUCCAAGAUGGUGUCGGAGGUGAAACUGCAGGCAGAUGAGGCAAAACUCAGCGCUCAAAAUGUCCUGAUGAAGACCAACAGAACCAAACAGAAAGUGGACCAGAGCAAUGAGGAGCUGCGAAGCCUGAUAAGGCAGAUCAGAGACUUUCUCACUCAGGACGCUGCAGACCUGGAGAGCAUUGAACUUGUGGCUAAUCAGGUUCUGGCCAUGCAGAUGCCAACCACCCCGACUCAGCUGCAAAACCUCACUGACGAGAUCCGACAGAAGGUGGGAGAGCUGGGACACGUGGAGACCAUCCUGCAGCAGAGCGCUGAUGAUAUCCUGAAAGCCGAGAACUUGCUGGACCAGGCCCGUCAAGUCAGUGAGGAAGCAAGCAAUGUCAAGGACUCUGCAGAGAAAGUGAAGAAUGCUUUGGAAGAGGCCCAGAGAGCUCAGAUAGCAGCCAGCAGCGCCAUCCAACAGGCUGCGACCAACAUCCAGAAUACCAACGAGCUUCUCUCUUCUGUGAAAUCAGAGACGGACAGUGCAGAGGUAAAGCUGAACAAUGCAACUCAGAGACUGCAGAAGCUCGAGCAUGACGUGACACUGCUGAGAGACAAAGCUGACAAUGCGACUCAGAGCACCACACUGACCAAUCAGGAUGCUGCAAGCGUCACAAAGAUGGCCAACGAGGUGAAAAAGGACUUGGAAACAGAAGUGAUGCAGAAAUAUAGCACAGUUGAACAGCUGAUUGGUCAGAAGGCAGGGGGCAUGGUUGAUGCUAAGAAGAGGGCGGAGUCUCUGCAGAAAGAAGCCAAAGAACUGCUGCUGCAGGCUAGUGACAAGCUGCAGCUGCUUAAAGAUCUGGAAAAGUCAUAUGAAGACAACCAACGGACUCUGGAGGUGAAAGCGGAGCAGCUGGUGGAGUUGGAGGCAGCUGUGAAGGAGCUGCUGCAGGAGAUCAGCCACAAAGUCACAGUUUACAGCACCUGUUUGUUCUAGAUUCAGAUUUCUGUUGAGAAUAUGAACACAUUUAUAUCCUGAAUCUCUGGAGGGGCCUAUCAGAGGCAGGCUGACCCUUAGAAUUACUCCUUUCUGAGCUGAAGUAAUAAAAUGAAGAGAAGACCAAAAUGCAAAUUUUCUAUUAAAAAAAGAAAAAAAUACGAUUUUACUGAAACCAAAGGCAUGCUGGUAUUUUUUUACUUAAUAGUUACUGGAUGUUUACUGUUCAGCUACUCACCAAAUUUGACAUUCCUUUGUGUAUUUUAAUAAUCUGGAUAAAAAGAAUGUUCUGAAUGUAAUAAAAUAAAAUCCUGUCAAUCACGUGUUCCCAAUUUCACAGGAUUUUACACAAAACAAAUUUUUAAGUCCUUUCAUUUUGUAUUUUUCUUCAUAAUCUGAACUCACAAUCUGAAAUAAUCUUUAAUAAACUCUUUCAUUUAAAUGUC